AUGCACCGGCCGGUUGGCAUAAUCCCCCGCGAUGCAAUGAAUAUCGACUCCACCAUGCCCACCAACGGUUCCGCGUCCCACGGGGGUUUUGGUGUACGGAGACGAAGCCAAAGGGGGGGUCAGGCCUGCGAUAUGUGUUACCGGAAAAAGACCAAAUGCGAGGUCGAAGGACCUCAAAUGGUCUGUGUUCAAUGUAUUCGACGUAAGACCAAGUGUAUAUUUCCUUCGCAACAACAGCUGCAGCCACAGCCGCAGCCACAGGAGAAGGAUGAUGAAUUACAGAGUAGUGAUCAAUAUGUUGAGGCUUUAAAACAUCGUUUGGAGAGGGUUGAAGCCCUGCUGGUGGCGGCCGGUGUCUUGCAUGAGAGUGAUAUCGGCCAAGAUGCCAUUUCAGAGGACGAGGACGAGGACGAGGACGAGGACGAGGAAGAUGAUGAGGACAAAAAUGAACAGUUGGAUGAUCGUCCUAUAUCGUCUGGCCGCGUGUCAAAUCUCUCUGAAGGUUCAGAAAUUGCGCGCUUUUCUAGUGGUGGCGACUUUGCCCUUACACCUCUGUUUAAGAGUCAUGGAAGUGAUGACUCUAAGUAUUUCGGACGCUGCAGUUCACUCUCGAUCUUAUCACGGGGUGGUAUCGAGUGGAUCAAGAACAAAACUGGGGACACUAGUUUCAUGAGCAUCAUUUCUACUGAUUCAAUCCAUGGUGAUCCAUGGAAUGAAUGGCGUCCAGAUGUUUUCCAUGAUCUGUUUGCCUCUCGAGUCUAUAAACCACUUCCGCCAAGAUCUGAGGUGUUUUCUCUCAUUAAGGAUUUCUUUCGAACUGCGAAUCGUUUGUUCCCAAUUUUCCACGAAGCCUCGUUCAUGAAGAUGGUAGAGUGGCAGUAUACACAGCAGACAUGUGACGAUGCUGCCCGAUGGGCUAGUAUCAACAUGGUCAUAUGUUUGGCUUACGAGUACCGAUUUUCCAAUAGCCUGAAGCCGGAGAAAGAUCGUGAAAAGGCCCGGUUAUAUUUUAAAAAUGCCAUGUCUGUUUUUACAGAACUGGCAUUGCGGCGUACAGAUCUAUUAAGUGUGCAGGCAUUGAUCAGCAUGGGUUUCUUUCUUCGGGGCAAUUCUGGCACCCAGUCUGCACUACCAUUUAUGACCGCUGCAAUGCGGUCGUGCCAGAGAAUGGGACUUCACCGUAAUAUCGAGAGACCAGAUUUGAGCCCUGCUCAGCAAGAGCAAAGACGACGUGUGUUCUGGGUGGCUUUUACAGUUGAUCAAAGUACAUGUCUAAGGGCUGGAAACGCACCAUCUCAACACCCCGAUGACUUCGAUGUUCCUCUUCCACAACUAACAGAGGAUGAUAACGACCCCGAAGUGGCUCCAAAUAUUCACUUCUUCUGCCAGCUUUGUCGCAUGUGUCUUAUCAAAAGUCGCAUUUAUUGCCGGCUGUACUCCGCCAAGUCCCUGCUUAAGGAGCCGGAUAAAAUCUAUGAAACCGUCAAAGAGCUCAGUGCUGAGCUCGAGGCGUGGAAAAAAGACUACCCUUUCUCCGAGGUACCGAAGUUGAAGGGUGCCGAAACUGAUUUCUUGUUCGGCUUUGCCUCUGUCGGUCUCCACUUCGUCUACUAUAAUGCCCUGAUCAUGAUCCACCGGAUACCCCUUCUGCUAAACUUUUUAAUAAUGAAUCGUGAGGGAGAUUCGGAAGAGUUAAAGUCCCUUAGCAAAGCAUUCGCUUCAAAAUCCGCCCUCAUCUGUGUGACAGCCGCACGAGAUACACUGAAAAUGGUGAAUAACAUGCCUUGGGGUGACAUUGCAUGGCUCUGGUCUCUCUUGUACUAUGUUUUUCUCUCAGCAGCAACCAUCUUCUCCAAUAUUCUUCGAGAUACUCGCAGUCCGGCCGUGAAAGAAGAUCUUCAAUCUCUCAACAUGGCAGCAACAUUCUUUGCGACCCUCGUAUCGGGCGAUGGCCCAGCAAGCUAUGCAGGUUUCAUGACUCAAAUGAGUGCCACGUUGGAGCGCAUCGCAAGACUAGCUGUCGAUAGAGACGAGAAACGGGCUCGGUCCUUCAAUGACGAAGAAGAGGAAGACCAACCCUCAGAAUCGAAGAGGCAAAGCUUCCGAGCAUCACAUCCGAAACUACGCCACCGAGGUCCGACCCAUCGAUCUUUUAACCCAGCUGCUCACCAGCCUCAAGCAACUGCACCAUCCGUUCCAAACUCAUCAACCGCGACCCACCAAGAUAUGAUAGAUCCCAGCAUCCCCGAAGCUAUUGAAGGUUUCCCACCAGUCAACUCAUCCGGAUACGUUGUUGUUCCCAUGAGCCCUGGCGAUAACGACUUCCGCACCACAACCAACAUUCACCAACAACCCACCUACCCCACCGGUCUCGGUCUAAGUGAUCUCAGCGGAGCAGACACAGACCCGACAUUUGGAAACACCUACCCAUCCUGGCAACUAGCACAAGAUCACGCAGCAUCAACAGCACCAUCCCCACACGACAAUACCCAGAGUCCCUAUUCGCAAGUCAAUAGCAACGGCACAGGAACCAUGAUCCCAGAAUCAUGGCAAGUUCCCUUAACAGCAGACUGGCGAUUCGGAGAAAAUCUAUGGGCAGGCCUCUUCCGAGGAAAUUCUAUGCAGCAAACCUCCUUGCCAAUCCUAGAUAAGGACUCUUUCCUUAAUGGACCGAUGGAUCCGGAGGCAAUGAUGAAUAAUAAUUUUGGGAACGAUCUUACUGGCUUUAUGGGUUAUGGAACUCAGACUAUGGGGUAUAACUUUAUGCCGCCGGAACCGCAGGAUCAGGACCAGGAUCCGAAUCAGUCUCAGUCUGGUUUCUCGAAUAAUUUCAUGGGUAUGUUCUAG